GGGGAGGAGGAAGGCGAGGGUGGGGACGGGCCAAGCCCUGCGGGACGGCGGCCUCACCCCAGAGGAGCGGAGGGCAGGCAGGCACCCGCCGCGGAGCGGUGCUGCUGAUUAGUGACUGUUCUAAACACUGCUGUGCAGGGACCCCCUAUAGUUACCUGUGGCGUUGGAGAGCAACUUGGGAUUUCUGGUGAAGAGGACUGAAUACAAUGUCUGCUCCGAGUGGCGUCCCUGUCCCAUCUGCACCACCUUCUUAUGAGGAAACAACAGGAAUCAAUGUAGGCUAUCCUCACCCCUAUCCUGUCCUAGAACGUGGCCAGAAACCAGAUGGGAAGGGAAUGAACCCUCCCCCAUACAUGGGACAGGCUGCACCAGUGAAUAACCCUGUUACAGUUCAAACAGUGUACGUGCAGCAACCAGUAGUGCUUUAUGACCGCCCAGUUCAGAUGUGCUGCCCUUCUUGUAACCAGAUGAUAGUGACACGUCUCUCGUAUGAUUCAGGAGCUUUGACUUGGCUGUCAUGUGGUGGUCUCUGCCUGCUGGGGUGUGUAGCUGGCUGCUGCUUAAUUCCCUUCUGCAUUGAUGCCCUGAAGGAUGUGGAUCACACCUGUCCGAACUGCAAUGCUCUUAUCGGCUCUUACAAACGUUUAUAGGCAGUGUUUAAAUGUUGAUAUUUGAUUGAUGAAGCUGGUUAGCACCCCUACAAGCCCUUUCUGAAGCUUCAGGGAGUCUUCUGGUUGUUUUUGUGCACCUUGUCACUGGAAAUCCAUCAAAAGUAAUGCUUUAUUGCUAAGUCAUUUAAAUAGUAUUUGCGUGAGGGGCUUCUGACUUAGGUCUGUAAAAAGUAUAUGCAAUAUUUAUGGGCCACUCAGUCCAGCACCAGUUGAUAGCAACUAAAUGUUUUCCCUUUCUGCUUUAUGCAAAAUAGGUUGAUGAUGUUCUUCAGUUAAUCUUGCCUCAGUCAUGUUGCACGCUGGUGUGCUUGCUUACGGUCUCAGCACAGACCAAGAGGAGAAUGUCUGUGGAGACCUAUAUAGUCUAAUGUUUGGUGUUGAUGCUUUUGCAACAGCACUGUUUACAAAAUGGCAGGGAGUUGCUUGUGUCUGAGACAGGUGCCCCUCUUUGACAAAAGAAGUGAUUUGUUGGCAUCUCUUCAUGAGCACUGAAAUCCACUUUAAAACUUUCUUUGUUGAAAGAGAACCAAACCUAAAGUCUUCUACCUUCUUGGAGGCUGCUUUACCAAAUGGACAACUCAGGUUAUUGUGCAUCAGUGGUGUUUCAAUCUAGUACCUGAAUUUCCUUGCCAGUUUUAAGUCUAGUCAUAUCUCUUCUCUGCAGUAAAGAUUUUCAUACAGGAAUUUUUAAUAGAUUUUUUUUUCCAGCGUUUUUUGUUUAGUUGGGGUUUUUUACUGCUGAUUUCUAAGUCUAUGAAGUGUUCUCUUCUCUCCUCUCCACCCGAGUGAAAAUGCCCGUAGAGCCUUGGCUAUAGCAUCGGAAAACUUCCUUUUACAUUUAUUUAAGUCAAUUGAUAUAUCAUAAACAAACCCCAGCCUUUUCUAGAGGCUUGAAUUCCACCUGCAAAACACAGAUACAGGAUAUGUGCUUUUAACUGUUGAUAUGUUUGCUGUCCUCUGUUGUACCCUGAUUUUUCUAAAUGAAGGAAGUAUUCUGUUUUCAGAAACUUAAGCUGGAUAUGCUUAUUUAAGAUGAUGACAGAAAAUUAGGGAAUGAGGCUCUGGAGGUGGAAGUAUUUUACCAUGUCGUAAGCAGCAGAUUUGGUCAAAAUAAGAUCUUGAUGUGUUUGAAUGAUACCUGUCUACAAAAGGCAGGCAGGUGUUUCAACAAGGCUGUGAUGCUAACACUGUAUUAUUUGUGUAAAAAUAAAAAGCUAAAAUAAAUACAAAUAAAAAAUA